AUGCCCAAGCUUGAAUGUGAGCUUGAUAUCAGUUUGCUCGCUCCAGUCAUUCUCAGUGCAUCGUCCCUCGCAAUCAACUUUAACAAUCUAAACCUUCUUUCAAAAUGCCUCAAACAUGCGUGUAACUCCGAUGUCGACUUAAAUGUCGACCACAAAAAAUCUUUGCUCCCUUGGAGCACAAGAAGUUUGACGCUAUUGGGUAUGUUCUUUCAUCCAUGGUGGCCCUUCGUGGGGUCUGUCCAUGGAUAUGCUUUUCUGGCUUCCAUCCAACACCUCACCCUACUCAAAUCCGCAUCCUUCCAAGAAUGCCUGCCCUUCCAAUGCAACUGUGUUAGCGAAUUUGAAUUUGAAGAUUCUGUAUCCUACCUGCAGCCUUUGUGCAUCGCGCGUGCUCCUUUCAAAGGACUGCAAACAUUCUCGUUGGCAUUUCCGCACAUCAAAGUCAUUCCGCACACCGAACCCCGGCCGGUCGCUCAAUGUGCACCUAAGGAUUCAGGUAUAUGGGUGAAGUUAUUCACGUUCCCUGCUUCCGUGCUACCGGAGCCUUGUACACCAGAGGAAACAGAGCGGUUUAUUAAGACUGGAGCGAAGUUUACUCCAUAUGUUCGAUUUCUGCCACGGUUGUUCCUUGAUGCCAACUUGAUAUAUUUUUGA